AUGUUCUGGCUCGGAAUGAUCCUGACCAUGAUUUUGGCACAGUCGCUGCAGUGGUGGAGCGAAUGGGGGUUCCGGAUCGCUGUCGUCUCGAGCUUAGGGGCAAAUCUUGUCGUCGGCAUCCUGUCCGGGACACGGCGGCGCUCGGCGCCCCGCUGGUUGUGGGCGUUACUAGGCGAGGUGGCUAAGUUGGUCGUCUGGCUUGCGUACCAGGUCGCUGAGGCAGCGACGACGAGCGCACUCGGCAGCCUGUCCCUCUGCGGCUCCGAUGCGUCGGAGGAGGAGAAGCAGGUGGUCGCGUUCUGGGCCCCGUUCCUCCUGCUGCACCUGGGCGGCCCGGACAACCUGACCGCCUACGCUCUGGAGGACAACAAGAUCUCCAACCGAAAAUGGCUUGAGAUAGUCGUUCGGAUUCUGGGGGUCAUUUAUACCAUCUACAACAACACACAUCGCGGCGGCCGCAGCUGGGCUCUGUUGCUCGCGGCGUCCGUCGUCAUGCUCGUCGCCGGCGCCGUCAGGUACGUGGAGAGGGCGAACGCCCUACGGAAAGCCAACUUGGACAGCAUGCAGGAGGACGCCUCGUCAAGCAGCAGCAAGGACGACAUUAAGAUGCUGAAAUGCAGAAUCAAGAGGGCGAAGAGGCAGGGGCAGUCGUUCCGCGACGGAGAAGCGCUGCUCCUUGCUCAGGAUCUGUUCCCCAUCUGGCGCCAUGCCCUGGUCGAUUCUUCUGUCAAUCCAGCUUCACCAAUGCAGAAAGCCAGCGAGAUGAUACUCUCGGAGUGGGACUGGGAGAGCAUGUGCAUGGUGGCCGAGAUGGAGCUGUCCCUCAUCUACGAGUUCCUCUACACCAAGGCGAUCCUGGCACACACCUGGCACUACUACCUCAUCCGCUUGUUGUCGCCCCUCUUCACUGCUGCUGCCGCAUUUCUCUUCUGCUUCUGGCUUCAUCCUGAUAAGCAGCAGCAGGGCGAUGAUGGCCACCGGGUCAGGGGAUCCUUUGUCGGGAUCACCUACGCCUUGCUGGCCAUUACCUUCCUCAUGGAUGUGGCAUGGCUGAUGAGGGCCCUCGGGUCGACAUGGGCGUACGCCUACUUCCAGGCCGCCGGAAGAAGAUGGUGGUGCAGCAUCCACCGCAUCGUCGUCCGCCUGGACCCGUUGCAGCUAUUCUGCCGCGAUCCGCAGGCCAUUAAUACUGAGGAAAAACAAGUUGGUCAGGAGAAGGAGAAGGAGGAGAAGUACACCAGGAUGGACAUCAGGACACGCUGGGGCCACAAGGCCUUCAGCUGUGCACCUGAGCAAGUCAAAAAUAAAUUAAAAAAGGACGAGCAAGUCAAAAAGAAAUUAAAAAAGCACGGCCACAAGGCCUUCAGCUGUGCACCUGAGCAAGUCAAAAAGAAAUUCGAGGAGGACGUCCUCUUAUCGCAUCUUUUCGGCGAGGAAUUCGAGGAGGACGUCAUCUUGUGGCAUAUCGCCACCUGCAUGGUCCUGGUGGUCCUCACGGACGGAAGAAGAAGACUUGCGUCGGCAAUUGGGGUGAUGUCGGAAUACAUGAUGUUCCUUGUUGCUGUUCGCCGACAAAUGCUACCUGGCCUUGUCCUCCACAGCCAGUUGCAGGUAACCCGCAAGAAAUUGGUUGAAAUAUGGGAUGGGGGUCAGCGUAGUAAGAUACUACCCGAUCGAGAAAAAUCAAUCAUGAAUAACAAAGAAAAGCUUGCCAUGAUCCUGCGACGCGUAAGGAUCGUGGAGGACGACGAGAAUGUGCCGUCUGAGGAUAAAAUUGAAGGCAACGAAGGCGACAAGCGACCUACUACAGUAGAAAGCCGAGCUGCCCCGCGGGUAUCAGAUGAGAUGCUGGAGUUCAUCUUCAAUGUGUGGGUGGAUAAGCUGGUGUACGCGGCCGUCCGGUGCAGCAGGGAGGCCCAUGCCAAGCAGCUCAGCGCCGGUGGCGACCUCACCACCGUGCUGUGGAUGCUUAUCCAACAUGCUGGCCCGUUUUGCAUUGGAGAAAAAGCAAAGAGCAUCUCCUUCGUUGCUGCGAAGCCUAAGAAGGAGGAGGAGGAGAAGAAGAAGGAUGACGCGAAGCCACCGCUUCUGGGCUCCGCCUCCGUGCUGUCCCGUGUGCCCUCCAUACUACCACCCAUCAUACCCCCCGUGUGCCCUCCAUACUACGGCCCAUCAUGGCCCCCCCGUGUGCCCUUGGUACCCCAAUGUCCCCGCAACAUGAGAGACCAGGAGACGAACCUGAGGAAGCCAGAGAAGAUAAACACGAAGAUUCUUCUUCUGAUGAUGAUGAGGAUUCCGAAUCCGAAGAAUAAUAUGUUAUAUUAUUGUAUUGUAUUGUAUUGA